AACGGUAGAGCCCCCUCCCCUCCCGUGCAUCGCGCGGAGCCGAACAGCAGCAGCAGCAGAGACUCAGCGUGGUGCUCAGCGCAGGGGCCGAGUGGGGCAUUCGCCGGAUUCACGUCGCAUCGCAUCGCCCACGCGCCCGCCGGCUCAACGGGGAAACGAAAACACCGUGGACUGCCACCGCCUGCCCCAGCAGACACCGGAAUCCUGCGCCGUUGUGGUGAUGUGAAACGUGGCGGCGGUGGCGGCAGCCAUGCCUGUGAGCCCCCCUCCCAGCGAGGAUGAGGCGGCCGCCAGCGGCUCGGAGGGCAGCGGCGGCGGCGAGUCCGACGGCGAGGGGUCGUCGCGCGAGGAGACCAUUUACGACACGAUCCGCGCCACUGCGGAGCGAGCGCCGGGAGCCGCCGGCGACGACGCCGGCCUCAACACGAUGGUGGUGCGCGUCGGCGUGCCCGAGCUCCACCAGACGAAGUGCCUACGCUUCAACCCGGACGCGCUGGUGCGCGAGGCCAAGCAGCGCAUCCUGCAGACGCUCACGCAGAGCCUUAGCGACGCCCUCAACUACGGCCUCUUCCAGCCCGCCUGCAACGGCCGUGCCGGAAAGUUCUUCGACGAGGAGCGGCCGCUGCGCGACUACCCGCAGCCCCCCAACACCGGCGUGCCUUACCUGGAGUUCCGAUACAAGAAGCGAGUUUACAAGCAACUCAACCUGGACGACAAGCAGCUGUCCAAGCUGCACUCGAAGGCGAACCUCAAGCGGUGCAUGGACUACGUGGCUCACCGCGCCGUGGAGAAGCUCGCCAAGCUCCUCGACAAAGGCCUCGACCCCAACUUCCACGACCCCGACACGGGAGAGUCGCCUCUGACAGCGGCGGUGGGCCUGGACGGGGCCACGGAGCUCAUCAAGGCGCUGAAGAACGGCGGCGCCCACUUGGACUUCCGCUCGCGCGACGGACUUACGGCGCUGCACAAGGCGACGCGCGCCCGCAACCUCGAAGCGCUCUCGACGUUGCUGGACCUGGGCGCGUCGCCGGACUACGGGGACGCGCGCGGACUCACGCCGCUCUACUACACGGUGCUGGCGGGGGGCGACGCCCGCUGCUGCGAUACGCUGCUGCACGACCACGCCACCGUGGGCAGCAGCGACGAGAGCGGCUGGAACGAGCUCCACCAGGCCUGCAGACACGGGCUCGUGCAACACCUGGAACACCUCUUGUUCUACGGGGCCGACAUGAGCGCCCAGAAUGCGUCUGGCAACACGGCAUUGCACAUCUGUGCCCUCUACAACCAGGAGAGCUGUGCUCGGGUGCUGCUGUAUCGCGGCGCAAGCAAGGAGAUCAAGAACUUCAACAGCCAGACGGCCUUCCAGGUGAACGCACGUGUCUGUUGUCUCCGGCAGGCCUGCAGACACGGGCUCGUGCAACACCUGGAACACCUCUUGUUCUACGGGGCCGACAUGAGCGCCCAGAAUGCGUCUGGCAACACGGCAUUGCACAUCUGUGCCCUCUACAACCAGGAGAGCUGUGCUCGGGUGCUGCUGUAUCGCGGCGCAAGCAAGGAGAUCAAGAACUUCAACAGCCAGACGGCCUUCCAGGUGGCGAUCGUGGCUGGGAACUUUGACCUCGCCGAGUUGGUGAGGAGCCACAAGGACACCGAUGUGGCGCCGUUCACCGAGACUCCGUCGUACACGAACCGCCGGCGCUGCAGCCAGGCCACCCUGUCGGCUGCGUCGCGAAACCUCACGCGCUCCAACAGCGACCGCGGCCUCCACCCGUGCUCCCGCGGCAACACCGCGGCCGGCGGCUCCGGCGGCGGCUCCGGCGUCGGCGGCGGCUGCACCGGCGGCGGCACCGGUGACUUUGACGGGCCGGCGGGACACUCGCCCGCGCCGUCGCUGCGCAGUCUGCCGCCACAGCUCCUGCAGCAGGCGCAGGCCAUCGCCAUCAAUGCCGCGGCGGCGGCGGCCAAGCGGAGGCUGUACAGCGCCGUGCCGGGCCGCACCUUCGUGGCCGUGCGGUCGUACCAGCCGCACUCCCACGGGGAGAUCGCACUCGCCGCCGGGGAGCAGGUGCAAGUGCUGAGCGUGGGGGAGGCCGGGUACUGGGAGGGCUGUGUGCACGGACGCACGGGCUGGUUCCCGGCCGACUGCGUGCAGGAGGUGCAGAUGAGGACGGCGGAAACCCCCCCAGAAACAAGGGAGGACAGGUCAAAGAGGCUCUUCAGGCACUACACGGUCAGCUCCUACAACAGCGUCAGCUCCUCCAGCGAGUUCGUGAUUGAAGAGCGCACCGUGGUGCUGCAGAAGCGCGACAGCGAGGGCUUCGGAUUCGUGUUGCGUGGCGCGAAAGCGGACGUGCCCAUCGAGGACUUCACGCCGAGCGUCGCCUUCCCGGCGCUGCAGUACCUCGAGUCGGUGGAUGAGGACGGCGUCGCCUUCCGCGCUGGACUCAAGAUGGGCGACUUCCUGCUGGAGGUGAACGGGGAGAACGUGGUGAAGGCCGGCCACCGCCACGUGGUGCAGAUGAUCCGGCACGGAGGCAACAGCCUGGCGCUCAAGGUGGUGACGGUGAACAGGAGGCCCGAGAACGCCGAGGCCGCCCGCAGGAAAGCCCCCACGCCUCCAAAGCGCGCCCCGACCACGGCGCUCUCCAUGCGCUCCAAGUCUAUGACGGCGGAGCUCGAGGAGCUGGAGAAGCUGGACGAGAUGCUGGCGGCCGUGGACCGCACCAUCGGCUCGGAGAACGCGGAGGCCGACUCACGGGCCGCCACCGUGAGGCAGCGGCCCACCAGCAGGCGCAUCACGCACGCAGAGAUCGCCGCCCUGUUUGAGCGGCAGGGGGUGGCGGCCGCGCCACGGUCCCCGUCCUCGCUGGCCGAGCGGCCGACGAUCCCCGUCCAGCGCGGACCCCUCUCACGGCAGCAGUCGAGCAGCCACUACGACGACCGCAAGGGGCUCCUGGCGCCGCCGGCGCUGCGCUUCACCCGCAGCGUCUCCAUGCCGGACUCGUCCGACGAGCCGGGCGCGGCGCCUCCCGCCCCGCCGACCUCGCCGGUGCCGCCGCCGCCGCCACCGGAACCGCCGUCCCCCACGCCCUCGGAGGGCAAUGCUCCCCCGCCAGCGUUCACGCCGCCGCCACCGCCGGCGCACGCCGCCGUGGUCGCGCGGCCGCCGCUGCCGUGGGGGGAAGGCGGCGUGCGCUCCAGCUUCAACCCCAACGCCGAGGCGAAGCUGCACGGGCUGGGCGGGCUGGGCGGGCUGGGCGGCGGUGGUGGCGUUGGCGCCGCGUCGUCCGUGUCGGAGCUAUCGGAGGGCCCGGGCCUCGGCACGCCGGCCCUCUCCCCGAGCGAGCGGCGCGCCAAGGCCCGCUCCAUGAUCCUGCUGCAAGAGCUCCCGUACCGGCCCGUCGUGCCCACGGGCAUCUCCGGCCCGCCCAGCCCGCUGCUGCCCUCGCCGCCGCCGCCGCCGGUACCGGCACCGCCGCCGGCACCGGCGCCGGCCUCCUGCGCGUCCGCCGGCGCCGCCGCCGUUCUCUCCGCCUCGUCGAGCUCGUCGUCCGGCUCCUCUUCGAACUCCUCGUCCGGCUCCUCCUCGUCCUCCUGGUGCCCGGCGACGCAGCAGCGGCAACAGCCCGCGCCGCCGCCGGCACCGCCGGCGCAGCACGGCAAGCAGCAGCAGCAGCAGCGCGGUCGGCGUGGCAAGGCGCCGCCGGAGAACCCGUACGCCAACGUGGGCCUGGUGAACGCGGCGGACCUGGCGCCCACCAAGCCGGCGCGGCGCAAGGGCACGCUGGUGAAGCAGGGCCGCGUCGCGGGCAGCCCCGACCGGCGCUCCGUCUCGCCGGCGCCGCCACCGUCGUCGCCCGCCGGCGCCAGAGGCUCGCAGGACGGCGCCGGCGUCAGCCCCCCGCCGCCGCCGCCGCCGCCGAACCGCGCGCACCUCCUGGAGGAACGCCGCUCGUCCGCCAACUUCCUGUCGACGGAGACCCGCGGCGACGACCGCCGCCUCGUGCCGCCGUCGGCCGGCCUGCGGCUGUCGCGCUCGGUGGACGAGGGCGCCAUGAUGGCCACGAUGAUGAUGGUGUUGCACGCCGCGGCCGGCGGCAGCGCGCCAGACGUGGCGACGCGUCCGGACGGCGGCGACGCGGUCGCGGCCGGCCCGGCGACGGCGCCGCUCUUCGUCGAGACGCCCGGACGGGAGUUCGCGGCGGCGGCGCGGCGUGCCGACGCCGCUUUCGUCUCCCCGCCGGCCUUCUCGCCGGGAAUCAAGGGCGGCUACGCCCGGGUGCCGUCGGCCGCGCCCGACGGCAACUGGGGGACGCCCGGCACGCUGCGGCGGGAGAUCGAGGCCCGCUCGUGCGGGGCGGCGGGCGGCCGCGCCGAAGAACCGGCUCCAGCCGCCGCCGGGCUGCUCAUGGUGUCGCCGGUGGCGGGGCGGGGCGGCGGCGGCGAAGACGACGGCGACGACGGCGACGGCGGCGCGUCCCCGCCGGAGGAGUGCAGCGUGCGCGAGAAGAUCAAGCGGCUGGAGAGCAUGACGACCUCGGAUUCCUCGCAGGAGGAGAAGCUCACGCCGCAGCAGCAGCAGCAGCAGCCGCAGCAGCGGGAGAACGCCGUGCUCGAGACGAGCUUCCAGACGGGCGACGUCACCGCGGAGCCCGAAGACGUCGCCGCCGUCGUCGGCGGGGGCGGCAGCCGUGCGGCGUCGCCCCGAGGCAACGAGCCGCGGGCGCCGGGCGGAGCGCCGGGCCCCGCCGGGCUGCCGCUGGAGUCCCUGCCGAGCGUGCCGAGCGACGGCGAGGAGGACUUCGUGUUCACCGACCCCCUGCCGCCCCCGCUCGGUUUCGAGGGCGACGCUUCGGGAGACGCGGCGGACGACCACGGCAGCACGGAGACGCUGGUGCCGGAGGGGCCGGCGAGGACGGCCGAGGAUGAGGGCGGAACGGCGGCGGCGGCGGCCACGAUCGCUGACAAACCCGGCGGCGGCGAUGACGACGGCAAUGACGCGACGAUCGUGGCGGACGACGAGGCCGAGCCGGAGCUGCCGGACGACGACGGCGGCGGCGUCGACGGCGUCGACGGCACGCCGGCGGAGGGGCGGGGCGACAAGACGGAGGAGGCGUGCGACGCCGCUGCCAAAGAGCUCGAGCUGGCGCUCGCGGCGACCGCCCCGCAGAUCGCCGGCGACACCGGCGACGCCAACACGGACUCGGGCGUGGAGGGCAGCUGCAGCGACCACCACCUGGAGACGACCAGCACCGUGUCCACCGUGUCCAGCAUCUCCACCGUCUCGUCGGAGGGCCUCGGCGUCUCCGAGGGGCCCGACGGCUGCGCUUCGCACGCCGACGCGCAGCCCCUCCUGGCGGACAAGCCGCCCGUGCCGCCCAAGCCCAAGCUCAAGGCGACGUCAUCGGGCGGCCUCUACGCAGACGUGGGCGGCAGGAGGAGCCCGGACGACGAUCCCAGCCCCGGGGCGGUGCAGCAGCAGCAGCAGCAGAUGGAGCAAGCGCCACCGCCGCCACCACCGCCACCACCGCCACCACCGCCUCCUCCUCCUCCACCGCCGCCUCCGCCGCCUCUUCCGCGGAUGUUCACGGGCAUCGUCAGGUCUCCCUGGGACCCCGUGCUUGCGCCGCUCGCUCCGAACUCCAGGAGCCGCCUGUGGGGCGUGGAGUCGACGGCGGGGCCCGCCACCUCCUCGGGGCUGCUGCCCGCGCCCGGCCACGCAGACGCUCGCGCCAGCGUCAUCAACGAGCUGAGCUCGCGCCUCCAGCAGAUGACGGGGCGCAACGGCCCCACGCAGGGGUACACGGGGAGGUUUGGCGGCGAGGGCGUCACCUUCACGGUGCGGCCCGGCUCCAGCCGCCCGGUGGUGCACGCCUCGCUCAAGGGCUGCCCGGGCUCCACUGGGGCCUCCACGCCGCACGGCCCCGACCGCCCGCUCCUCCGCCGCUCUCCCAGCCUCUUCUCCUCCUCCUCCUCCGGCGAGGACCGCGCCGGCGCCUCGGUCUCGCCGGGCCUCCGAGCGGCCCCCGGGUCGGCCGGCGGCGGCGGCGGCUCCCGGCGCGCGUCCCCCACGGGCUUCCCGUUCGACGAGCGACCGGCGGCGCUGCUGUCGCCCCUCGACCUCCGCUCGCGCUCCCCGUCGCCGGGCUCGCCGCUCGCCGGCUCUCCCCGCGACCGCUCGCCGACGUCGCCGGGCUCGCCGGCGCCGCCGCCGCCGGUGCUGCUCGCCGGCAAGCCGCUGCACCUGUGGUCGAAGCACGACGUCGCCGACUGGCUGGAGGCGCUCAACCUCGGCGAGCACCGGGAGCGCUUCCUGCACAACGAGAUCGACGGCACGCACCUGCCGGCGCUGCGCAAGGACGACCUGCUGGAGCUGGGCGUGACGCGCGUCGGACACCGCAUGAACAUCGAGCGGGCGCUGCGGCGGCUGCUGGAGAGAUGACGAAGGCGGCGGUGGAGGUGGCGGUGGAGCGGCGGUGGGCGGGGGGGGCGGCACCGGUGGCCCCGUCCAAGACGCUUCGCGGAGAUGGGACGUUUCCC